UAAGCCCUCCCACCCAUUCGCUAGCCCCGCCUUUUUCAUUGAGGUCCCGCCCCUUAGCUGUCCCAUGAUUGACUGCUCUAGCAGCACGUGUGCAGGCGGGCGCGAUGACGUCAGGACGCGCUCCCUGACCGUCGCGAGCCGGUUUUGAAAGUAAGGACCGGGCGGGCAGCUGGACGGAGGGGGAGGGGCGGAGCGGACGGUUGCCGGGCGAAGGCGGGGCUAUUUAAAUACUGCGACGGCGCCAUGUCUCAGAAGGACAGCGUGUGCUCGCGUUCGUACUUCGUGGUUGUCAUGGUAUUUGUGCACGUUUAUAUCCUCAAUGUAUUGGCCUUGCUGCUGUACGUGUACUACACCAGUGAGAACGCGCACUCGCCGGAUAGCGGCGCGUCCACGACGCCCGGGCAGGACGUGAGCCCGCGGCAGGAGCUGUCGGAGCCGGAGCGCGCGUCCAACCUGCAGCAGGACGCGGGGUUCGGUCGCCUGCACCGCUUGGAAGGCAUCAAGGUUGGGCAUAUGCAAAAAGUGGAUCUUGUUCCUAACAAAGUACACUACUUGAAAACGCUGAGCUUAAAGCCACUUCUGUUUGAGAUUGCAAAUUUCCUUUCAGAGGAAGAAUGUAAACUGGUUAUCCACCUAGCAAAAUUAAAGGGACUCCAGGAGAGCCAGAUUAUGCCAUCUGACCUUCAACAAGAAGCCAUUGAUGAGAUGGACAUUAGUAAGGAGGAAAUCUUCAACCUACUUGAUUACAACCAAGAUGGACAGCUGCAGAUGAAAGAGGUUUUGACUCAUACACGUUUUGGCGAUGGUGUCUGGAUUACUCCUGAAAAUAUUCGAGAGAUCUACACAGGACUUAAGGCUGACCCCGAUGGGAAUGGUUUGCUAAGCCUGGAGGAAUUUAAGCAACUUAAUACAAAUGCUUUCCAAACAUACUUGCGGCAGCGUGGGGUGCAAAAGACCGAGUUAGUUCGCAACAGUAAACACACGUGGCUGUACCAGGGUGAAGGGGCACACCAGAUCCUGAGAACCAUUCGGCAUAGAGUGAUCAGGUUGACACAGUUACCUCCAGAGAUAGUGGAGCACAGUGAGCCACUGCAGGUUGUGAAGUACGAUCAAGGCGGGCACUAUCAUGCACAUCACGACAGUGGACCAAUCUACGCAGAGACCAGCUGCUUCCACACAAAGCUAGUAACCAAUGGAUCCACUCCCUUAGAAACCUCCUGUCGAUAUGUGACAGUGCUGUUUUAUUUGAACAAUGUUUCUGAAGGAGGGGAGACCGCAUUUCCUGUGGCAGACAACAGGACUUAUGAUGAACUGUCCUUAAUGCAGAAUGACGUGGAUUUACGAGAUACACGGCAAAACUGCAAAAGAGCCAACUUGUUGGUGAAGCCUGUGCAAGGCACUGCUCUCUUUUGGUACAACUACCUCUCUAACGGUGAAGGCUGGGUAGGAGAACAAGAUGAGUACUCACUGCAUGGCGGCUGCAUUGUCAUCCGGGGGACCAAAUGGAUUGCCAACAACUGGAUCAAUAUCGACCCAGAUAUUCAGCGACAACUGCAGUUCCAGCAAGCGAUUUCCAGAUAUGCCAGUGAUGAAACUCCUGCGGAAUGGGCAGUCGAUGCCAUUUUCCGAGAUCUGCACGUGGAACUGUGAAUCUGUUGCAAAACAACGAAUGCUGUUGAAGGCUUUGCAAAGACAAACUGCCCCAUUUGUACUCCCUCACUCUCAGUCAAGGUUUCAAAGGAAAAGAAAAUGCUGGGGUCAAUUCCUUUUGUUCAGCAACCUUUCAUUUUACCUUCAGCUUUUGACUGCAAUCGCUGGCAAGCUAUUUGACAGCAUGUUCCACCUCAGUUGAGUCUGAUUGAGCAAGGUGCAUGUUUUGAGGUUGGAUCAGUGGCUUAUGAUUCGGGAUGGCAAGUUUCAACUUACUUUGUAUCCUCAGUAUUGCUUUCCCUUUGACCUCUCACCUGCCCAGUCAUGGGGCAAGAGGUAGGACAGACAACUCCUAGUUCUUUUGCCUGAAGUGGGUGUUUAUGAGCGGGCAUGUGUAUGUGUACUCACACCCAAAAUAUUAAUAUGUUUCUAUUCCACACACUUUGUAUCAAAGCAAUUUUUAAUUUUUAUUUCAGAUUUCCAGUCUUUUUCAACACUUCUUAAAUGAUCUUCCUCCUUUUGCCAAGUAGUGUACCUAAGUAAUUGUAGCGCUCUAACAAGUAAGGUCCCGGCUUUAAUGUCUGGUCUGUAUAAUGUUGUUAUGCACUGAUCUUGUUAGGGUGGUUAUGAGGUAACUACCAAUUGGCCUUGGAAUGACCACAUUACAACAAGGGAAAUCUGUUAAGUUUUCUAUACAUAUUGAGAAAAUCUUGGAGAAGGGUUACACUUGUGUAGAUUAGGCAAGGAUUGAGCAGUGAGGCCUUUGCUCGUCGAAUAGCCUGCUGACCCAUCCUUUGUUCAGAUAAUGCACAGCUAUUUAAGUGAGGUCUUGAAGGAAGUGAGUCUGUGGAUCUGCACUCGGAAGCUUUCAAGGGAGGAGCGGUCAGUACUGGGGAGGGGAGUCUCUGUGCUUUCUGUUUAAUAGCAUAGUCUUGCUAGAAUAUGCUAGCCAUCUGUUCAUGCCUUGUCUUAAUGGUCCAGUGAGCCAUCUAAACCAAUAUUAACAAGCUGAACAUGACCAGGACCUUCCUGAUAUCCACAGACAUGUGCUUCAGCAAGGGUCGCUGGAUAAGGAACAGGACUGGAAUUCUGUUAGUUUCUCUGCUCUGCACUACUGGGCAGAAUGUGCUGGUGCACUAUCGUCUGUGUUCCAACCACACAGCAGUGAUCAAAAAUGAGACUCUUCCAAUUAUUCAUGGUUUGAUGCCACACUGGGUCGGUCGUAUUCAAUCAUCAACCCAGGCAUUGAGGAAGACAGUACCACUCAAUCCUUGCCUGUUUGACCAUGGGCCAUUAGUUAAUCAUCAUUUGAGAGAGGAGAAAGUUUCUGUGAAUCUUACUUGGAUGAAGAGUCCUUAAAAUAAUAUUUGUCUAAAAUGCAUAGUAACUUAAUAGUACCAGAUACUUUUUAAGAACAGCGUGCAAACUUUCUGCAGAAGUGUUCUUAUUUUGUAUGCUUAGUUGGUGGCGGACAGUGAGGAAGUUCAUUCUUUCCACUUAUACAAUCUCCCUUUCCCCUCCCCUGGACAUGUUCACAUCUACUAUAGGGCAAUCAGUGCGGUGAGGGCUGCUCCUACUGUUGUAUAGAAGCUGCUUGAAAUCAUUGCCUCGUUUUAAAAAUGCUGAUUUGGUGGAUAUAUCUACUAUUACUGCUGUGUGUUUGCAAGGUCAAAGCACUGUUGCCCAACUCAGCUCCUCCAUUCCUUACAUUGUUCGAGGAUUAAGCUGACUACAAAUGUGUUUCCUCAAUGAUCUCCAAGCCAUCCACUCAUGCCUUCUGCCCCCUGCCGUUUCCAAAUGGAAUUUCAUGGCCCAGUACUAAUCGGAGUGGUCAUUGCUCAUUUUUUAGUAGUGUUCCAGUGCAGAGCGAACCUUAGCUGAGUUGGAUCCUGAUUGUGGUCUGAGUCAAUGUCCACUUUGCGAAAGGCCCCCCAAACAAUAGGAAACUUGCUGCAGCAAGAGACACAACCAUACAAAACCAAUCCCAAAAAUUCCAGAGCAACACAUACAAAAUGCUGGAGGAACUUAGCAGGUCAGGCAGCAUCUAUAGAAGUGAAUAAACAGUUGAUGUUCCAGGCCAAAACCCUUCUUCAAGACCAAUGAGUAUUCAAUAAGAGUACUUACUGGUCCUGAAUUCCUCAAUGGUAAAUGGUAAGUAUUCAAUAAAAAGACUUACUGGUUUUAUUGCACAGAUAUUCUAACAACCAAAGCACAUCAGCAGCAGGUAUGAUAUUUCUUUAACAGAUGUUAAAGUGAUGCUGGUUGGUGAAAUGAUGAGGAUGUGCUUGAACGGAGGCCAAAUGUUCUUCCAGUUAUUGCCCUAAAUGACAGCUGUUAGCUCUAUACAACCAUGUGCUUACAGAUUGAAAAAUUAUCCAUUAAUCUGACAGUGUGAUUAUUACAGCACAGGCCCUUCAACCUACAAUGUUGUGCCAACCUUUUAACCUACUUUGAUCAAUCAAUCCCUCCCCUCCCACAAUAUACUCUAGACUGUAUAAUAGGAAGUUAGAGUUUCUAAAUGUGAAGAAUCUCCAAUUCACAGACUGUAAUGCACCAACGGCAUCUAAAUGUGGAACACUUAUAGUUAGUGAAACUGUAGCUUAUUCAAAACAUAAGUAGGUACUUCCCUUCCUACACACUAACCCUGCCUAAAGAUCUGUUGAAAAACAGAUACUGAUAUUAGAGCACCUCCUGUGAUAUAAAGCCGUUUUCGAUAAUUAUUCUAGGAUUUUUGGGGCUGUUUUUAAAAUAUUGAGCCUCUUGCUUAUAUAUGAUUUUUUUUUUGCUAUUUGAAGUCCAGACUAGAUGUCAGCCCUUGCUUGAGCACGCUUCUGCAUCCUACACUGGCCCUUGCCCGUGAUCCAUGCAUUUUUGACAGAUUAAUGAUCAAGAGUGGGAAGUGGGGCUCUGUUUUCCUCUCUUCCCCCUAGGACAGGUUCAUCUACCUUGGAUGAGGUUGGCCAGGACAUUCCAGGUGAUGAUAACCCAGCACCACAGAGAGCUGUUGUUUACUGACUAAUUUUCAAGAACACCAUAAUCACACAGCUUUAUUGGCUGCAGAAUUGUGCUGUUACAGUCUACAAUGAAACUUUAUAAGUUUGUAUAUAGAACUUGAAGCCCAAUUUCAGUCAUUAGUAAGUGGCCUAAACCUUCAAGGUAACUGAAGACUACAGGAGCAGAAUCAGAUCAUUCAGCUCAUCAAGUCAGCUCCACUAUUCCUUCAUGACUGACUUAUUAUCCCCCUCAACCCCAUUCUGCUUAGUCUUUCUCUCCUGAAGCUGCCCAGCAGAAGCUAUUUCAUUCAACAUCCUCAGCUCCCUGUGGUUCUUCAUGUGUUGUAAAUGUGUUCUUAUAAAUGGAGAUUACAACAGUAUAAGAUGGAUCUGAUAGCCAAAGAGGGCCAUGAUUCUCAGGGUAUAUAGGGAUAGGAAAAAUUUCAAAGAAAGUUGUCAUUUCUUAGAUGAGCUUAUGGUCUUUUCAGCAAAGGAGGGCAUCACUGCUAAGCUUGAUCCUUUGUACUAGGGUUCCCAGCCUGGGAUGCACAGACUCCUCAGUUAAUGGUAGGGGUCCAUGCCAUAAAUAAGGUUGGGAACUCCUGCUUUAUAUAAAUACAUGAACACAAACCAUCCCAAGUUAUGUUACCCCUUCUCUUCACUUCUUCACACAAGCCCGGGACAUUAAAACUCAUCAAUUGCCAGUCUGAUUAUACUCUGCUCAGCCUAGGAGUCAGUACAUGGGCUUUGUGUUUGCAUCUCCCAACAUCUAACACAAAUUCACCCACUGACCCCUGUUAUUUUACAGGGAAAGUGAUACAGUUAGUAUACCUGGUUUACUGCACAAUGGUGGUUCUGAACCAAAGCUGGAAAUCCCACAUACUGAUCACAGGUGCAUUAUGGCAACUGCUGUGACUAGCAUGCAAACAAAAGAGCACUUGGCAAUUUCAAUCCCAUUUCUCAUUUCUGCCCAGAAUCACUGAGCAAUGAGGGAUGUUAUUUGGCAUAAUAUUCUUGUGUCAAUCAUAGGACCGGUUGCCGAUUGUCUUUACUGUGAGGCAGUUUCUUCUCCCCUGUAGGCAUUUACAGUUUACUCUGUAAGUAAAAUAACUACUGCUGUUUUGUACUGGGGGUGGCACUGUAGUAUAGAGGUUAGCGCAUUGCUUUACAGCGCUAGUGACCAGGGUUCAAUUCCUUCUGCUAUCUGUAAGGAGUUCGUAGCUUCUCCCCAUCAUCAUGUAAGGUUCCUCUGGAUGCUCCAGUUUCCUCACACAUUCCAAAGAUGUACAGGUUAAUAGGUUAAUUAGUUACAUGGGUGUAAUUGGGUGGCAUGGGCUUGUUGGUCCAGAAAGGCCUGUUACCAUGCUGUAUCUAUAUAUUAAAAAUGAAAAAAAAUUACUGAGUUCCACCUUUGUUCUGUUUCUUUUGCCAAUUACUUUGCAUUGGCAGCCUCUGGUUGCUCAUCUAAAAUUCAAAGUUCAAGUAAAUUUAUUAUCGAAGUACGUAUAUGUCACCAUAUAUAACCCUGGGAUUUAUUUUCUUGUGGGCAAACGAAGUAAAUACAAGGAAACACAAUAGAAUCAAUGAAAGACUGUACCCAACAGGACGGACAAACAUCCAUUGUGCAAAGGCUUAAUGGGAAAUUACAGGCUGCAGAUUGCAGUGAGAGUAAUUCAGAAGAGGUACAAUAUAUUUAGAAGUUUUGUAAGCAGUCUGCAACAUGUUGCCAUGGUUCACUGACGCCAUCUUGAGGAAACAUGUUAAAACAGUUCUUCCCUAUUAACAGAACUUCUCAUAAUUCUCAACACCUUAAAAAUCUCCUUAACAUUAUCUGCAUUAAGGAGAACAAUCUCUCCAGUCAUCAAUCUGAAAGUUUGCAAAUUGUUUAAAUCAAAGGUUUUCUUGAUUAUUUUAAAUUAAAUUCUAUUUAAAAGCAAUGUAAAAACGGUCUUAUUUAAUGCCCAGUGAUGGAUUGUAUAUUUAUAUAGUACAUUUUAAGAAAGUCACAUCUUAUAUUUUGAAUUGAUUUAUCAUAUUUAUCUCAUUAUUUUUGAAUAUUGUUUAAAGAAGUCAGUUCUAAUAUUUAUACAGUUCCACCCAUAGUUUGAGAUGCUGAAUUAUUUAUUAAAGUGUGAUAAUGUUUUAAUCCUUUAUAUUUAAUUUGUUUUCUUCAGGAAUGUAUUUUGUAGCUGGGAAUUUUCCCAAUGUCUUUAUUAUUUAAUUGUAGCUCUUGCACUCGAUUUCCCCCAAGAUUCUCUUGGGUUACUCAGGUUACAUGUGUCAGCUUGUUCUGAAUAGAGCAACAUGUUUCUUGUCUGUACUGCAUGUGUAUUGUAUUCUGUCUGCCUGUCUCUGUGUUGACUUGAGAACUACUGUGGAAUCCUCACCAACAACAAUCAAAA